AAAAUUGUGAUAAACUUUAGUAAACUUCACUCGCCACGUCGACUCUUAAAUAUUGUGAUUUCUUUUAUUUUUGUGUUCCCAGAGCCGCAUUUGGUAGGAGGUGUUUAUCGCGAUCUUCUUCUGUCAAAGUAAAAUUUUUGAUAGAUUAUCCAGAGAUGUCGAUUCGCUGGGGUAUUGUUACCUCUGGUAAAAUCUCUCAUGAUUUCGUCAAUGCCUUUAAUAGCUUCCCCGACGUUGGAGAUCAGGUUAUAGCUGCAGUUGCAGCUCGCGAUAAAUCAAGAGCUGAGGAGUUUGCUAAAACUCAUAUCGCUAAAGUUUUCGCCUCUUAUGAUGAAAUGGCAAUGAGCAGCGAUAUUGAUGUGGCAUAUAUUGGUGCUCUUAAUCCCGACCACUUCAAACUUUCAAAGUUAUUCUUGGAAUGUGGGAAACAUGUACUCUGUGAAAAACCAUUAUGUAUGAACUAUAAGGAGACAGAAAGUUUACUGAGCAUUGCUAAGAGUAAAAAUCUGUUCAUAAUGGAAGCAGUUUGGUCUCGCUUUGCGCCAUCAUACAUGGCUCUGGAAAAAGAAAUUCAGUCUGGUAAACUAGGAGAUGUUCAAUUCGUCGAAGUUAAUUUUGGCGUUCCAAUUGAAAAUGUCGAUAGACUUAGAAAAAAAGAUUUGGGUGGUAGUGCAGUUCUAGACAUCGGGAUUUAUACUUUACAAUUUGCACAGUUCGUAUUUAGAGAGGAGCCUGCCAAAGUCACGGCCGUUGGUGAAAUAAAUAACGACGGGGUUGAUGUAGUGGACACAAUUAUUCUAGAAUAUUCUGGCAAUAGGCGUGCAGUUCUUAAUGUAAACGCUAAGAUUAAAUUAUGGAACAAAGCUACUGUUUACGGCACUAAAGGGAGAGUUACGGUCGAGGACCCCUUCCAUUUCCCGGACACUUUGAUCCACAAUGACGGUACCGUGGAAAAGUUCUCUUUACAUACUUCGACCCAAAAAUAUAAUUUUGGAAACAGUGCUGGCUUAGUUUAUCAAGCUCUUGAAGUAGCGCGUUGUAUAAAGCAAGGACUCAAUGAAUCGCCUCGAAUGUCUCACAAAGAAAGUCUUUUGUUAGCCAAACUAAGAGAUACGGUGCGAAAACAAGUUGGAGUACACUUCGAAGUUGAUGAUAAAGAAGUUUAAAGUGUCUUUUUGAAUAAAAAUGUUAAUUUUAAAUAUAUAUUUUUUUUAAUGA